AUGAAGCAAGGCUCAAUACUGACCUUCCUCCAGCCUCGUCCUGCGCUGAUGGCUCUGCAUGUGAAGGAGGCUGAGACCGACGUACAGGUGGUGGAAACAGAGGCAGAUUCACUCACAGACAGCCAGGAGCCAAGCGAGGGUGAGAGUGAUAGAAAGGAUCACGGCGAAGCAAAACGCGAUUCUGCAUCUACGCCUUCUACCACAUGUCUCAAGGACUCUCGAACUGCCAUCUCCAAGGUAUAUCCGUCGCACAUUGGGCGCUUGAAAACAAUCACCGCUGCACUUCUUCCCGUGCGUUACUCAGACAAGUUCUACAGUGAGUGUCUUGAACCUGACAAGCAUGCCACUCUGGCUUUCGUCGCUCUCUACGACUCAAAACCUGUCGGAUGGAUUCGUUGCCGUCUGGAGUCUCAUCCUAGCCAGGAGAAUGUCAGUUAUCAGCAGAUCUAUAUCCAAGCUCUCGGACUCCUGGCCCCUUUUAGGGGGCUUGGUCUUGCUACCGAACUCUUGAAGACUGUUGUCGACAGUCUUCGGACGGCUGAGGUCGGCCCACGGAGCAUUUAUGCUCACGUCUGGGAGCGCAACAACGAUGCUCUGAUGUGGUAUGAGAAGCAGUCGUUCAAUCAGGUCAUGCUACAACCUCAAUAUUACAACCGUCUCAAGCCAUCCGGUGCUUGGAUAAUACGCAAGGAGCUGACGUGA